CGCGCCCGAACAACGGUCACCUGACUCAGCCUGGGAGGCGCGAUGGCGGCGCCCGUGCUGCGAGGCGCACGGGCCGUUCGCUGCUGGUCCCUCGGCGUCGGUCCGCGCCGCACCAGAGCGCUUUUUGCCGAGUCUGUGUCGGGCCGGGGGAGCAGGCGGAGCUCCGCGGCGGCGCGGGAGCCGAGGCCGGGUGCACAUGAAUGGGCAGCUGUGGUGGGUCUGGAAAUUCAUACCCAGAUCUCUUCCAAUUCAAAACUCUUCUCUGGAUCUCAAGUUACCUUUUUAGCACCCCCUAAUUCGUUGGUUUCUUUUUUUGAUGCUUCCCUACCCGGAACAUUGCCGGUUCUCAACAAGAGAUGUGUGGAGGCAGCCGUGAUGACAGGCCUGGCCCUGAACUGCACUGUAAACAAGAAGUCUUUAUUUGACAGAAAGCACUACUUCUACGCAGAUCUCCCAGCCGGAUAUCAAAUCACCCAACAAAGGCUUCCCAUUGCUGUGAAUGGGAGCCUGACAUACAACCUGGGUGGGGGAACCCAUUGGAGUCCAUCAGCUACCAAAACAGUGAGAAUCAAGCAGAUCCAAUUGGAGCAGGACAGCGGCAAGAGCCUUCACGAUGACACGAGGUCCCAGACGCUCAUCGAUCUGAACCGGGCAGGAGUCGGCCUUAUGGAGGUUGUCAUGGAGCCCGAUAUGUCCUGUGGGGAUGAGGCAGCGACAGCCGUCAGAGAACUUCAAUUGAUUCUUCGGACUCUGGGGACCAGCCAAGCAAAUAUGGCAGAGGGCCAGUUGAGAGUGGACGCUAACAUAUCUGUGCAUCAUCCUGGGGAGCCUUUUGGAGUUAGGACUGAAGUGAAGAAUCUCAACAGCAUAAGAUUCUUGGCCAAAGCAAUAGACUAUGAAAUUAAGAGACAGAUUGAAGAACUUCAGAAUGGAGGCAAAAUUCUGAAUGAAACGCGAGCAUUUGAUGAGAAACUUGGGUGCACUGUGUCAAUGAGGGAUAAAGAAGGAAAGCAAGACUACCGGUUUAUGCCAGAGCCCAAUCUUCCCCCAUUGAUCCUAUAUGAUGCUGAGUCCCUGCCUGUGGCUGCAGACCCCCAGCAAGUGGUAAAUAUCGAUUGGAUUCGAGAGAGGCUUCCCGAGCUCCCCAGCGUGACCAGACAGAGGCUUGUUGAACAGUACGGGAUUUUGCCUGAACACAGCUUCGCCCUAUUGAAUGAGGAUGGACUAUUGGAGUUCUUCCAAAAUGUGGUGAAAGAAACUAGAACAGAACCCAAAAAAGUGAUUGGUUGGAUUCUUACCACUUUUCUGGGUUAUUUAAAGCAACAGAACCUUGCUGUCAGUGAGAGUCCCAUCUCACCUUCUUUGUUGGCUGAGCUUCUCAACCUUCUGGACCGCAAAGCCAUCUCCGUGCCCGCAGCUCAACAAGUCUUUGAGGAAUUGUGGCACAACAAAGGGAAGACGCCGGGCCAGAUCAUUCGAGAGAAGAAGCUUGAGCUGCUCCAGAACCAAGAGGAGCUGGAAGAGAUCUGCCAGGCCGUGCUGGACAAGCAUCCUCAGGAGGUCACGGCAGUGAAGAAGGGAAACCAGAAAGUUGUGAAUAAACUGAUUGGUUUGGUCCGAAGGGCAACACAAGGACGAGCAGAUCCGGGCAGGAUAAAGCAGAUCCUGGAGAAGCAGCUGCAGUGAGCAGCUCUGGGGCCACCCCCCCCCAACAUGAACACGAGGAAAGCAAACUGGUAUGGACUGUGUUCCGGACACCUUUCCUGGGACCUCAAGGCCACAGGCUCUGAUCUCAAGCAUCUUAUUGCCUCCCAAGCCAACCAGGAGCUCACCGGGCCCACCACGGUGCUCUGGCCGCCAGAGUUCCCACCCCUCCUAGACUGGACAAAAUUGUCUUUCCCUCCACACCAGGUCCCCGCGACCAAGAUGGGCAGGAAAUUCUCCACAGGAGAACAGAAGGUCUUACUCCUGUGUUUGUUUCUGUGCCAGUGGGAACUUCUGGGGUUUCAGUCAGAAAUGUAGCAGCAGCCGAAAAUCUCAGAUCCUCAAAUUCUGAAAUAAAUAAAUCAGGUUCAACGAUUUCAAAUGAUGUAACAGCUUUUCUCUUUAAAGGGGAAAAAAAAAGUAAAUCCAGGAACUCAAGCACUAUAUUUUUAGCACUAAAAAUUGGUUGGUUCAGGCAAAAGGAACUGCAGUUUCUGAUUGUGGUGAGAGGUGUGGGGGCAGGGAAAUGAUGGUAUCGCCCCUACCUACUCAUCAUCCCAUUAAUAAGGAUGCUUUGGUUCUCAGCACUGCAGAUUCGAGGAGCCUACAGCUUUGGACACAAAGUCUAACAGAGAUCAUAUUUUUUAAAAAGGCAACUAGAUGUUUUCAAAUAUUUUAAUGAAUAAAAUAUAUACUCAUGCUUCACAUUAAAAAAUUAACUUACAAUUCAAAUAUUGUGCAGAAGGCCCCAAAAAGCUGUAACAUUAGGUUGACUCAUUUUGUCUGGAAAGCAUAAUACUCUAAAUUAGCAAAUAGAGACCUUGACCUUUUAAAGUAAUUAUCGUGCACUAAACUUGACAUCCACAUGAAGGCCUCCUUGCUUUUAUUCAUGUUAUAUGACCAAUCACACCAUUUUAUCCACGCCGCACAGUAGGCCUCCUUUGGAUAUCUGUAACCUUUGAGCUGACAACCAGUCUUGUUUUAUUUUGUUUUGAAAUCACACAGGACAAAAACAAGAAAGCAAAAUCCUUCAGUGGCCCUAGUGUGCUACAAAACUUCAUCAGCCCUUGAUAAAAACAAGAUGUCUAAAAUACAGACACCUCCUUCUUUGUUCUUAGUGCUGUCCUAGGUACCAUGAGAAAUGUAUUGCCAGCCUCUCCCCCUGCCUUUCCAAUUUUCCAAAUACCCCUUGUUUGCAAGCAGAGGUGAUAGUUCCCUGAGAAAAAGUGGAGGGGUGGAAAAUAACCCCCUUACCUUUCAAAAAAGAGGAAUUGAUUCAUGCUGGCUGUAUUCUCAGUAUUAGAUGAGUAGAGAAGAAUGAGCAAGGAACCUCUUCAUUCUUGUAGUAGCUGUUUAGAAUUUUAAGAUUCUACCUCACGCAAAAGGGGAAAAAAAUUCACACAGCGUAUCCUACUUAAACACUGAAAACUAAAGGCCCUGAAAACAAACAAACAAAAAAAAAAAAACAUUUUUACUUUCUUCUGCUCUCCCUAGGAAAGCAAGUAACUCAGGUCUGAGUCUCUUUUCUCGCUCUAGAUUCUGUAAUUCCAUGAAUCACAAAUGAGAGGGGAAGGCAACCUCUUCCUUCUCUAACAAAUAGAAUUUUGCUCUUUGUGUCAAUGUUUCAGAAAAGGCCCUAACUUCUAGGAUAAUAAAAUUUGGCGAAGGCAUUUCAGGCUUUUUCAGAACUUAAGUCAAGUUAUUACUUAAUUAGGAUGGCAGCUCUAUCAAGAUUUUUUUCUUUUUAAACAGCAAACAUCUUUGUAAACCAUAUUAGAGAUUGAAGAUUCACAAUGAAAA